CAUGACGCAGCACGCAGGCUCAGCGACACUGCGCGCCCCUUCUGGGGCCCCGCCCAGUCAGCGGCCUUAGCGGGUCGCUAACCCACAAUCCCUGCGGGGGCUGCUUGCUUGCCGGAGCGUGCACCGGUACCCGUCGCCGGUGACAUGUUGCAAAAACCGAGGAACCGGGGUCGCUCUAGCGGCCAGGCCGAGCGGGACAGCGACUGGAGCCGUGGCGGAAACUUCGGGGCCUCGCGGGCUGGCGAAGACGCCCGGGCCCCUAGAGACGGCUUCGCGGAGGAGGCCCCGAGCACUUCCCGGGGGCCGGGCGGCUCGCAGGGGUCGCAGGGCCCCUCGCCUCGGGGCGCCCGCCGGGCCCAGGCCUCCCCCGCCGUGGGGCCCAGAACCCAAAAGCAGCAGGAGCUGAAAGUGUCCGAGCUGGUGCAGUUCUUGCUGAUUAAGGACCAGAAGAAGAUUCCGAUCAAGCGGGCCGACAUACUGAAGCACGUCCUCGGGGACUACAGGGACAUCUUCCCCGACCUCCUCAAACGGGCCGCCGAGCGCCUCCAGUACGUCUUCGGGUAUAAGCUGGUGGAACUGGAACCCAAGAGCAACACUUACAUCCUCAUCAACACCCUGGAGCCGGUGGAGGAGGAUGCCGAGGUGAGGGGUGACCAAGGCACGCCCACGACGGGCCUCCUGAUGAUCGUCCUAGGGCUCAUCUUUAUGAAGGGCAACACCAUCAAGGAGACUGAAGUCUGGGACUUUCUGCGGCGCUUAGGGGUCUACCCCACCAAGAAGCAUUUCAUUUUCGGAGAUCCAAAGAAACUCAUUACCGAGGACUUUGUGCGACAACGUUACCUGGAAUACCGGCGGAUACCCCACACCGACCCCGUGGACUACGAAUUCCAGUGGGGCCCGCGAACCAACCUGGAAACCAGCAAGAUGAAAGUUCUUAAGUUUGUGGCCAAAGUCCAUAAUCAAGACCCCAAGGACUGGCCAGCGCAGUACUGUGAGGCGUUGGCAGAUGAGGAGAACAGGGCCAGACCUCAGCCGAGUGGCUCAGCCCCAUCCUCGUGAAAUCUGAGGUGGAUUCAAAAGGACCCCUGGGACAAGGGUCUGAGACCCAAAGGCACAGUGCAGAGGAGCGGGGGAAGGGAGAACGAACCCAGGAAGCAUAUUUCUGUAGCGCUUCAAUGUGUGUAGCUUUAGGAUGUGUUUGCAAAGUUUUGUUCUUUUAAUGUUGUGUUAUUUGGUUCCAGAUUUUCAUCUAUGAACAAAGGAGGAUUUGUUUUGCUUUGAUUUUACUUUUUUUGGUAUAAAAAUUUUUCCUAACUUAGUAAAACGAAUUGGAAAACUUGACUAUGAUCUGAAACAGAUAAUGCGAGAAGGAACACAUAAGUAAGUUGCUUUGGUGCCAAGAAAAUAAAAAAGUAGCUAUUACCGGGUCUCUUAAGCACCCCAGUUUGUAAGGAAAAAUGAAAGUCUUUAUAAAAUUAAAAAUAAAAACGUAAUUGCCUAUAUCCUUAUUACCUUAACCUACUUUAUUUUUUCUAUAUUUCCUACGUAUGUAAGUAUUAUUCAUGGUUCCAAUGAACGUGAUGUAUUUUCUCCAUAUAGCAAUUGUUUAUAUUCAUAAUUACUCAGCUCUGUUGCUAAACAUGCAGUUCCACUUAGUUUUUUUCUACUUGCUACUCUAGUUACUACAAUAAAUACUGUAUUUUUGAAGCACU